AUGGAAUAUAACCCAUUAAAGAUGCCAUGUGAUUGGAACAUGGCAAGAAAACAUGCUUUGGCUCGACGUACUGCUCCUGAUACUAAAACUCGUAUUGAAGAUUAUGAUGAUGAUGAAGAACAAAAAAAACGUAUUUGUAAUCAAUUAUUCAGCUGAAACAUGUCCUUGUUGUGGCUUUGAAAUUGAAAGAAAAGAAAUUCCAUAUUGGGAUGAUAUCAAAUCACUCAAAUUCUUAGGUUCAGGGUUUCCAUUAUUUUAUAAUUUUUUGAAAUUUUGCAUCUUGUUAUUAUGUUUGCAAAGUAUUGUAGCCAUUUUCAACGUUUUGAGUAACUAUCAGGGUGAAUUUUGCAAGUAAUUCUUAUAGUUAUUUAGACAACAAUCUUUGAAUCCUGUUUCAUAAUAGAUGGAACCUAAUUGUUAAGAAUCCAUUUUCCUUUAAUUAUCAAUAGCUAAUAAACUAAAGUGAAUUGUAUUCAUAUUAAUUUAGUAAUUCCGAAGUUGUGGUAUUUAUACAAAAGGCCAAUCUUAUAAUGCUAAUUUUAAUGAUCAUUCUACUAUAAUUCUUUAGAAGAAGUUAAAGAAAAUUAGAUAAUUCAAUUGAUGAAUCUCAACUAACUCCAAGUGACUAUACUAUUAUUGUGACUAACAUUCCAAAAACUUUAAACGUUAAUUAUAGAUGGGAAUUGACUAAUUUAUUUUAAAAUUAUGCAGUAUCAGAUACAAACUAUUAAAUAACUGUUACAAAAGUUGUUUUAGUUUAUGAUAUCACAGAAAUUUUGGCAGAAGAAACUAAAAUAUAAAAUAUAUUAAAGAAGAAAAAGACUGCAUUAUAAACAUCGAAUAUGAAAUUUGAUUGUUAAGAUGUCAUAGAUUGUGAUAUUGAGAUUGAAGCUUCAUAGAGAAGAAUUAAAGAUUUGUAAGAGGAGUAUUUUUGGACAAAUAGAUAAUUUAGUGGUGUGGCAUUUGUAUCAUUUGAAAGUGAGAAAAUGAAAGACCUAGUUUUAAGUUAAAAUAAACAUACUUUUUUGGAUAAGAUGAAAACAUUUUUGUAUUCUGGUAAAACUCCAGGUUUAGAUGAAAUGGAAUUGUAAUGGUAGUCAUAAAAAUUAUUUAUUGAAUAAGCACCAGAGCCUAAUGAUAUUUUAUGGGAAAAUUUGGCCACUUUAACUUAAGAUAAAAUAGUUGCUAGAAUGAAAGGAUUCUUCAUUACUAUAAUUGCAUAAGGAGUUACAUUUAUUUUUAUCUAUUUUAUGUCUAUUAGAUGCAUUUAAUUAGUUUAUAAUGAAGAAAUAGAAAAAAAGAGAAUUGGAGUUGAUGAUCAAGAAUAAUUAAAGAAAAUAUAAAUGAUUUCAUUUACAAUUGCAGCAUCAAUUGUUCUGGUUAAUAAAUUAUUGGUUGAACCUUUGAUGAAUUGGAUUACUAAAAUAGAAAAAAUAUCUACAAAUACAAAAUUUUAAAUAUCAUAUGCAAAUAAAUUAACAAUAUCUUUAUUUGUAAAUGCUGCAAUAGUUAGUUAUGUUAUUGAUAUUUUAAUAUUUAGUAAUAUAUAUGGUUUUGGUGGAUUUAUGUAUAAUGAAUCAUUGAUAUUUAUAUUAAAUGCAAUAGUAGCACCAUUAAUAUGGUUAGUAGAUCCUUGGACAUUGGUUAGAAAAUUAAAAAGAGAACAUUAAAUUUAAAAAGUGAAUGAUUGUUUGCUUACACAAAAAGAGGCAAAUGAAAUAAUGGAAGAGGUUGAUUAUUAAUUAGCAAUGAGAUAUGCAGACAUAAUCAAAACUAUGUGGUUUACAUUCUUUUUUGGAACUGCUAUUCCUCUAGGGGUAUUCAGUUCUUUAAUUGGUUUAUGUUUAUUUUAUCUUAUCGAUAAAUAUAACAUAUUAAGAAGAAGAACAGUAAAGGAAAGUAUUUCUUAAGAGUUGUCAUGGUAGAUGAUAAAUAUGCUUGAAUUUAUAGUCUUAUUUAAUCCUUUGGGUAANAAAUAUAAAAUAUAUUAAAGAAGAAAAAGACUGCAUUAUAAACAUCGAAUAUGAAAUUUGAUUGUUAAGAUGUCAUAGAUUGUGAUAUUGAGAUUGAAGCUUCAUAGAGAAGAAUUAAAGAUUUGUAAGAGGAGUAUUUUUGGACAAAUAGAUAAUUUAGUGGUGUGGCAUUUGUAUCAUUUGAAAGUGAGAAAAUGAAAGACCUAGUUUUAAGUUAAAAUAAACAUACUUUUUUGGAUAAGAUGAAAACAUUUUUGUAUUCUGGUAAAACUCCAGGUUUAGAUGAAAUGGAAUUGUAAUGGUAGUCAUAAAAAUUAUUUAUUGAAUAAGCACCAGAGCCUAAUGAUAUUUUAUGGGAAAAUUUGGCCACUUUAACUUAAGAUAAAAUAGUUGCUAGAAUGAAAGGAUUCUUCAUUACUAUAAUUGCAUAAGGAGUUACAUUUAUUUUUAUCUAUUUUAUGUCUAUUAGAUGCAUUUAAUUAGUUUAUAAUGAAGAAAUAGAAAAAAAGAGAAUUGGAGUUGAUGAUCAAGAAUAAUUAAAGAAAAUAUAAAUGAUUUCAUUUACAAUUGCAGCAUCAAUUGUUCUGGUUAAUAAAUUAUUGGUUGAACCUUUGAUGAAUUGGAUUACUAAAAUAGAAAAAAUAUCUACAAAUACAAAAUUUUAAAUAUCAUAUGCAAAUAAAUUAACAAUAUCUUUAUUUGUAAAUGCUGCAAUAGUUAGUUAUGUUAUUGAUAUUUUAAUAUUUAGUAAUAUAUAUGGUUUUGGUGGAUUUAUGUAUAAUGAAUCAUUGAUAUUUAUAUUAAAUGCAAUAGUAGCACCAUUAAUAUGGUUAGUAGAUCCUUGGACAUUGGUUAGAAAAUUAAAAAGAGAACAUUAAAUUUAAAAAGUGAAUGAUUGUUUGCUUACACAAAAAGAGGCAAAUGAAAUAAUGGAAGAGGUUGAUUAUUAAUUAGCAAUGAGAUAUGCAGACAUAAUCAAAACUAUGUGGUUUACAUUCUUUUUUGGAACUGCUAUUCCUCUAGGGGUAUUCAGUUCUUUAAUUGGUUUAUGUUUAUUUUAUCUUAUCGAUAAAUAUAACAUAUUAAGAAGAAGAACAGUAAAGGAAAGUAUUUCUUAAGAGUUGUCAUGGUAGAUGAUAAAUAUGCUUGAAUUUAUAGUCUUAUUUAAUCCUUUGGGUAAUACAGCAGUAUCAUAAUUUUUAAAUUAAAUCUUUGAUAUAUAUUCAAUAAUUGGAGUGAUCAUAGGAUUAGGUUUUUAAAUUUUACCAAUACAUCGUUGUGUUGAUAGUAUGUUUCCAAUCAAGAAUUUAGAAGAAGUAUUAAUAAUGAUGAUAUUAGCCUGUGUCAUAUAAAAAAGCAUAGAUAGAGUUUGAUACAGAUUAUGACAGAGAGAAUCCAGUAACAAAAUAAAAGGCAAUUGCUGAAUACUCUUUGUAAUUGUAGGGUAUUACUUAAGAAAGAAAAGUGGAAUAUUAAAUCAUACAUGAAGAUCAUUGA